AGCCCAGUUCUUUUUUUCAUGACUGUUAUUUUCUCUGCUUCUUUCCAUGAUAUGUGAGUUUGAAAUAUGGUUUAACUGACUAAAACAUGCAUUUUGCUGCAGAUAGAACUUAACUGUGUAAUAGGAAGACUGCUUGGAUGAAUGAACAUGUUUACUUUUUUUCCCCCUAGAGGAAAAGAUGCUGGAACCACAGGAGAGUGGCUUGAUUGACCUACCAGACUAUGAGCAUGUAGAAGAUGAAACUUUUCCUCCGUUCCCACCUCCAGCCUCUCCUGAGAGAGAGGAUGGUGAAGGAGCUGAACCUGAUGAAGAGUCAGGGAGAGGAGCACCUGUUCCUGUACCUCCAAAGAGAACAGUUAAAAGGAAUAUACCGAAGCUGGAUGCUCAGAGAUUAAUUUCAGAGAGAGGGCUUCCAGCAUUAAGGCAUGUGUUUGAUAAGGCAAAAUUCAAAGGUAAAGGUCAUGAGGUUGAAGACUUGAAGACACUAAUCAGACACAUGGAGCACUGGGCACAUAGGCUAUUCCCUAAACUGCAAUUUGAGGAUUUUAUUGACAGAGUCGAAUACCUAGGAAAUAAAAAGGAAGUUCAGACCUGUUUAAAACGAAUUCGACUUGAUCUCCCUAUUUUACAUGAAGAUUUUAUUAGCAAUAAUGAUGAAGUAACAGAAAAUAGUGGCCAUGAUGUAACUGCUACUGAAUUAGAUUCCUUUUUAACAAACUCAUCUGAAAGUGAGAAGUUUGCUUCUGAGUCAAGUAGAAGCCUAACAGAAGAGCAACAACAAAGAAUUGAGAGAAAUAAACAACUGGCCUUGGAAAGAAGGCAGGCAAAGCUACUGAGUAACAGUCAGUCCCUAGGAAAUGACUUAUUAAUGAACACACCCAGGGCACAGACAGAUGAAGAGGUUAAUACAGGUGAGGCUCAAGAGGAGGAGGAGUCAAAUGGAUUUAACAAAGACAUUCUAGACAAUCCACUUAAUGAUGCUGCUGCCAAUACUGUAAAUGAAGAGGAGGAAUUAAAAAUAGAGAGAACGCAACUGGACCAAACUUUUUAAAGUGCACGAUAGUAACUUUAUGCUUCAUCCAAAAAUGUUACUGAGGUUGGAUAGGCCUCAACUAAGAGAAAAUCUAUUAACUUGCUAUCUUCCAAGUUUGAGAUUACUCUGUAUUUUGUUUGGCCAGAGUGAAAAUCCUUAAUUAGUAAAACUUGUACAAAUGCCUUUUUAAAAUCUGCUAUUUA